GUCAGGCAGAUGAAAUUUAGCUGAUAUUAUUUGGACAUAAAAUAAAGGCAAUAUUUUGAAUAUAAAUAUAGAAUGGAGCAUUUCGAAAUCGGCGCUUGUUUUAAAAGUUAUAAUGAACUGAUGGACAAACUAAAGGAAUACUGUAAUAGUACGAAUACUAAAUUUACUACUAAAGAUUCCAGAUUAAUUACUGAUGAAUUUGCAACUGCCAAAGAAAGUUUUGUUUACUCAGAAUUGAAACUGAUUUGUGUAUUUGGACGACAAACAAAAUUCAAAACUGGAGACAGGAAGAGAAAAAUGAGGAAUCUGAAAAUAAAGAAAACAGAAUGUCCAGCAUAUUUUCGGAUCAGGCUAAUACACUCUGGAGUGGCUUUACAAGUGGUGGCCUUGAAUAUAAACCACAAUCAUCCUUUGGAAAAAUUCGAGGAAAAACCGCAGAUAGAGGAAAUACCUAAAACCAAAAGGAAAAAACUUUCUAAUGAGAAACAAGUUAGUAGUUUGAAAUUGGAGAUUAAAAGUGAAGAUGAUAGCCUUAGUUCCGACGAUGUUCAGGCAUCUGAACUUAUAGAGGUUUUUAUUGAACCAGAUGAGGCUAUAAACCCUGAAACGAGAGUUGAGUUUUCUUUUCGAGGGUUUUGUGCACCAGUAUUCACCGUUUUCGAGGAGAAGUCUCCGAACGACCUGAUCGACAAAUAUGCAGAAUAUUUAUUAUUCAAUGGGAUCCAAGGAGUUUUAGUCAAUGACGCUAUGGGAGAAGGAAUGUCAAUGUCAGUUUCUGAGAGAAAAUUGGUAACGGAACGAUGGGCUAAGGCCGUCAAAGCAACCGACCAGCACUUGAUGGUUCAAAUUGGUGGAUGCCCGCUACCUGAUGUGUUGGAACUGACAGAACAUGCCGAAAACAACGGGGUAGAUUCGUUACUUUGCCUGCCAGAAAUGUUUUUCAAGCCAUCUAAUUCUAAACAACUGAUAGAUUAUCUGACGAUUGUGUGUGAAGCUGCCCCUAAAACACCUGUUCUCUAUCAUCACAUUCCUGCCUAUACCGGAGUCAAUAUCAAUAUGGCCCAAGUGCUGGACGAAGUGUCUGAAAAAAUACCAAAUUUCUGUGGCCUCGUCUACACGUCUAAUGAUUUGGAAGGAGGUGUAGCAGCUCUGGAAGCUAGAGAGAAAAAAUAUGUAGUAUUUUUUGGAGAAGAAAAACUUUUGACGGGUGCAUUUUUGAUGGGAUUUGAUUCUGCUAUCCUGCCAUCUCUAAACAUGUUUCCUCAAUACAUCAUGGAUAUAUCACAUGCUAUCAAAAAAUCGAAAAUAAGCGAGGCUCGUAAAAUUCAGGAAGAACUUUUAACAAGAUGCUCUGUGAUAAACAAAUUUGGAUCCUUGGUUCCUGCAAUGAAAGUUGCUAUGAACAUACUGUCCCCAGUAAAUGUUGGGUUAGCUAGAUCACCUCUCAAGAAUUUAACUGAUGAUGAAAUGAGUGAACUGGAACAAAAAUUAGAAGAUUGCAAAUCGAAAUGAAUGAAUGAAAUAAUAAUUAUUAUUUUGUAUUUUACAAACAAACAAACUCUGUAAUAUAAGAUUUUUUCUUG